UUUAGAAUUACAACCAUCACAAUCGAAGGAACUUCAUGUAAAAUUAUGAGGAUGUUUAAUAUCAAGCAUUUGGAGCAAAUCCUCAUCUUUUUCACACUGUUUCAUGGUCGUGUUGCAGUUUUGAACUGCACCAGUCCGACCCCAGACUCCCUGUAUGCAGAGCUUGAUAAACACUUGUUCCCCAGAAAACUCAUCCCCCCCAAACAAAACUUUUCAGAAGUGCUCAGGAUAAAUGUCAGCAUCACUGUGGUCGGGAUUUUAGGAGUGGAUGAAAAAUCUCAAACAGUAUCAACUUUCUUAUGGGAGGUCCUGGAGUGGAAUAUAGCAGGACUCAGCUGGGAUGAGGAGACAUGUGGAGCAGAAAAAGUAUCUGUGCCUCGGGAAAAACUGUGGAUUCCAGAUGUGCAUAUUGCAGAGUUCAUGAAUGAAGACAAAUCUCCUACGACUCCUUAUGUUUACUUAUACAAUACAGGUGAUGUUUAUGAUGAUAGGCCUAUCAGAGUGGUCAGCUCCUGCAAGUUAGAAAUCUACACUUUUCCCUUUGAUGUCCAGAAAUGCUCGCUGACGUUUGGAUCAUAUUUACACUUCGACACGGACAUACAGCUGUUUCCAAGCACGACAGCAGAAAAGAUUUUAAAGGAGUCCAGGAAUGUGCUAAAGACAAACGGAGAAUGGGAGCUCUCCAAAAUAACCAUGACUCAGCAUAACCUGACAUUAGACAGCAUAUCUUACUCUGAGGUCAUAUUUAAUCUGUUCCUCCGCCGCAGACCAACCCUUUAUGUGGUGAAUCUUUUGGUACCCAGCUGCUUCCUUGUUGCUGUGGAUCUCUUCAGCUUCAUGCUGCCUCCUGAAAGUGUAGACCGAUCAUCCUUCAAGAUGACCCUGAUCCUCGGCUACACCGUCUUCCUUCUUAUUAUGAAUGACUUGCUCCCGGUACCAGGACAAAGAACACCUCUGAUCAAUGUGUUUUUCUCCAUCACUCUGGCUCUGAUGGUGGCCAGUCUUCUAGAAACCGUCUUCAUCACAAACAUCCAGCACAGCUCCAGCCAGUACAGUGACGUGCCCCACUGGCUCAGUGUGCUGGUAUUACGUUAUCUUGCAAUCAUCGUAUGUAUUCCUCCCAAGAAAAAGAGCAACAGAGUAACAGUCCACCUCAAUCCAUCUUACAAAGAUCCAACAACAGAUAAGAACUCAAUAACUGUCUUGGGAGAUCAGAGUAUCUUUAAGGACCCCCUGCCAGUGGUGGCCUCCAACCCCCCUGCUGCCGCACCAGACCCAACUCUCGACGAGCUGAGGAAGCUGACCAGAGAUCUUACAGCCAUCCGUCUCCAGGUGGACAAACAUUUCCAGGGAUCCAAAAGCGCUGAGGAAUGGAAAAUGAUUGGAAUAGUAAUAGACCGUCUGCUGUUCUGCUUUUAUAUCCUCCUCAUUGUUACGAGCUUCAUCACCGUCAUCGUGAUCUGGACAUGGAAUGAUACACACACUGCAUGAUUUAGGUUUGAAGGAAUAAAAACAUAAACAUUUGAUAGUUCUGUUUUUUAAUUGAGAGUGUAUGGGAGAUGGGGGCAGUUUUAAAAAGAAAUCAAAAUAUAUUUCAGCUUAAAGGUAUAGUGGAGGAUGUUCUUUUUCCAGGUGGAUCAUCAAAAUAAGUGGUCCUCCUAAUUGUCAAUCAUUCUGGUGAUGUGUUUUUGUAAGGCCGUCCAACAUGAUUGCCCCCAAUUUUCACUUACCUGUGAUGAGUCUGACAUAGCGGAAAAAUUAAAAAUCUUUUUUUGGAAAGAAAGCUUGUAUGAGCGAUGCUAACAGCAACUUUUAAACAGAGCGUGCACGAGGAGAAACAUGCUCCUCGUUUAA